GAUCGACGCCAGGCUGCCACCACUCUGUAGCAGUGAGUGUCUGCAACAAAAAGCACAGAAUAACAUCCCUGACUCCCUGCUUUGCUUUUUUCUCUCUCCCUGCGUCUCAGCUAGCAGACGAGGGCUUCGCUCACAGCUCUGCAGAGGCUAUGCUGUGAUUGAGCCGGCGUCGGAAGCAGGAUCACUGGCUGCCAUCAACAAGUUAGAGCUGGAAGACCACAACCAUGAAAGAGGAACACUUGAUCUUCAAUUAACCAUCUGAGCUGACAUCACUGCGGUGGAAGGAAAACAAAAGGGGGGAAAGAAAAAGAAACAAGCGAGGAGGAAGGUCUGCUCACCCAGAGUCACUCUGGAUGUGAAUGAUCAACUUAAAAAAAAUAUAUAUAUAUACACAUGUAUAUAUUUUAAAGGUUUGUGGGAUGAAGGAAAAGAUUCAAUCCUUUUUCUAAGCCUGGAUUUUAAAGGACUAAGCAAAAUAAGAGGAAUAAUCAUCAUCUUGGGACAUGGAAUUUCAUAUUUUGUUUCAUUUGGGUGGGCUCAGAAUUGCUUUAUUUCCAAAGAGGCUAAUUCCUUUUGUGCUUACUCAAAAGGGUUUUUUCCCUAUGGAUUUCUUUUCCAUCUGGUUGCUACAAGAGUCUGCGGAAAAGGACAGUUGAAUGCAGUCUCCGAUGUGCACAAAAGAAUGGGUUUCCAUUCAAGGUGGCCAUUGGUGGGACCUGCACCAGCGGCUCUGUGUCUGUAUGUGAUCAGCAUGCUCCUGGUGUGCCUGCUGCCUCCUGCAUCGUGCACAACCUGCCCUCAAAAAUGCCGCUGUGAGGACCUGCAGUUCUACUGCGACACCCAGGGGCUUCAGGCGCCACCAGAUGGUGUGGACAAGGGAGCCCUGGGUUUGUCACUACGCCACAAUAGCAUCACUGAGCUCAGCCCUGAUCAAUUCUAUGGCUUCAGUCAGCUCACCUGGCUACAUCUAGACCACAACCAGAUUACCACAGUGCAAGAGGAUGCCUUUCAAGGGCUCUACAAGCUAAAGGACCUCAAUCUGAGCUCAAAUCGUAUCACCAAGUUGCCCAACACAACCUUCAUCCACCUCAUUAAUCUCCAGAUACUGGACCUAUCCUUCAAUCAAAUGACUGCAUUGGAACCAGAACUGUUUCAUGGAUUGAGGAAGCUCCAAAUACUCCACCUUCGCUCCAAUUUACUUCGCACGACACCUGUUCGUGCAUUCUGGGACUGCCGCAGCCUGGAAUAUCUGGGCCUGAGCAGCAACCGUCUACGGAGUCUGGCCCGCAAUGGAUUUGCUGGCCUCAUUAAGCUUAAGGAGCUCCACCUGGAGCACAAUCAGCUGACCAAGAUCAACUUGGCCCAUUUUCCUCGACUUGUUGCCCUCCAGUUUCUCUAUCUGCAAUGGAAUAAGAUCAGCAACCUAACAUGUGGCAUGGAGUGGACCUGGACCACGUUAGAGAAGCUGGACCUCACAGGAAAUGAAAUUCGUGCCCUGACACCUGAUGUGUUUCAAACACUCCCAAAUUUAAAGAUUUUACUGCUGGAUAACAACAAACUAAGCAGUUUGGAUCACCAAGUCAUGGAUAUGUGGCAGUCUCUUGGUACCAUUGGGCUGUCUAGCAACCUUUGGGAAUGUACCAAAAGGAUUUGCUCUCUGGCCACCUGGCUAAGCACCUUUAAGGGAAGGUGGGAACAUUCAAUUCUCUGCCACAGUCCUGAAUAUGCCCAAGGUGAGGAGAUACUUGAUGCUGUUUAUGGAUUCCAGCUUUGCCAGAAUUUUUCAGCGCCAGUUGUUCAGCCAAUUAGUACAACAACAGACACUACUACAGCCGCAGAGAUCACAAGCUCCUUGUUUGGAAUUAUGCAGCCGACCCCCACACAGGACUAUGCAGAGGAUUUGGGGAGCUUUACCACAGCAACAGCCACAACAGCCACAACACAAACACAACACACUGCUCAAGCAACUACGGCUACACUAGAAGAGGCAGCUGUAACGGAUGACUUCUCUGCAAUGGACAACACUGUUAUGACUCACAGGGUUAUCAUUGGAACUAUGGCCCUUCUCUUUUCAUUCUUUUUCAUCAUUUUCGUUGUGUAUAUCUCACGGAAGUGCUGCCCCCCCACCCUGCACCGGAUACGCCACUGUUCGGCUAUUCAGAACCGCAGACAGAUGAGGACCCAGCAGCGGCAGCCUAUGGCAGAUCUAGCAACACAGGUACCUUAUAAUGAGUAUGAGCCGAGCCAUGAAGAGGGGGCACUCGUGAUCAUCAAUGGCUAUGGGCAGUGCAAGUGUCAGCAACUGCCUUACAAAGAGUGUGAAGUAUGAACUCUUAUUUAUUCCUAGAGCAUAUGGUUUGCCAUUUGACCAUUUCAGAUGAUACAGGGUUUGCUUUUUGAUUUCCCUCCCCCAGUUUAUGUAAAAAGCAUAAUUUCUACAAGUGAGAUAUGAGAAUAUGUGAGAUAUGUUGAAUGCUACAAUGACAGAAGUUGGACAUGGCAGAUUAGGGAUAACGUAGAGAUAGUCACAAAUUUAUUUUUCUAUGAAUGCAAGGUUGUUCAUGUCAGGCAGGGGCAAUCAUUUUAAACGAGAAAAUAGUAAACUGUGAGAUUUGUCUCCACGUUGUCUAUAUUCUGCAGCACAGAGAAAAUACUUAGCCAAAUGGCCAUCUGCUAACAAAAUACAUUAAGUGGAGAAAUGUGAUUUGUCUUAUUUCUAUUAAAUGAGCAAAUGUAAAUCAUGUUUCUACCUGCACUACAGGCACUGUGAGCCAAUCAGUCAAUCACUGGGGCAAUUGAAUUGGACCAAUUAUCAUGUUUGUUUAAUAGUUUCACUGUUUUGGGAGAACCAUGAUACAUUAAAGUCCACUAAGACAGAACUCAAAUUCUGAAUUAUAAAUAAAAAGUAAGUGUCAUUCUUGUCAUGUUACAAACAAAAGCCCUGAAAUUCUGUUCAGUAUACACUAAUGAUAUUACUUUAACCAAAUCAGACACUGAAUUAAUUAGGCACGUCUAUAAGCUUCCAUUAGAUUAAAAGGCUCUCAAGUGUUUCCUGUUUACAGAAUUUAUUUGGGCAACCCACACCAAAAACAACCAUCCAUAGCCAAAAACACAUUUUCAUUGUUUUUAGAAAUUUGGAUUUUAAAAAUUUCUUCUGCCAGAAAUUGCAACUACAAAUGUGUUAUGAUUAAAAGACUGGCAGAAUGGUGAAUUUAUGUUCAAUUAUAUUAAUUGGAAAAACAACCUCUCUAAUCUGAUGUGAGCUCAUAAACACAAUGCUGUUUUGCAGCUGACUCUUAAGUUGUUGGAGCUCCUGCCCACGGCAGCCAACUGCCACAAAUAAAUUCUCAACCUGUGGGAAACACUGAGUGUUGUUCAACUGUGGUUAAUCUCUAACACACUACAUUGCAUAGCAAAACACAUAGAUAUCUGUCACCUCUGACAUCAAAAACAAAAUUAUUAAACUUUAAAUGUACAAUGACAGAUGCCAUACACACUGUGACCACACUAUUUUCAACAGCAUAAUACAGUAAAUACAGUCUGCUGAUUUGCUAUUACAUACAAUAUCAAUAUACAGAUAUGCUAGUAUAAGAUGUGUGGAUAUCAAGUGAAAGGGAAAUGAACAGUGCAAAUGCCAAAUAGGAGAGCAUUUCACUCUGAAAAUAAAACCUUUCCAGCAACCCACGCUCUUUACUGCUUUACACACUAAUCAGGACUGACAGGCUCAAGACUGAACCAUUUAAGGCCAGGCAAAAAGAAUCUAAUAUUCUGUCACCCACACCAGUGAUCCAGCAACAUUUAGCUUGUUCAGUCACUCAAAGAGUUCAAGUAGAAUCAUCCUCCGUGCCACACAAAACAUCAUUGAAGCUUUCAUUUAAAAGAUUGUUCUUGUUAAGAAGGAAGUUGCGAUGAAUACAAAAUAACAGUUUCUUGGUUAGUAAUCACGUGUGUCAAGUUAAACUGUGGUCAAUACCCUGCAAGCAAAUGGAGCUUCAGUGAUAAGCAAACAGGCAAGCCUGGGUCAGGACACAUUUGUAUGCAGCAGGGAGAGGAUGUGCAUUAGCAUCAGACUAAAGCUGCUGCAGCAGCUCCGCACUUCUUUGUGUUCAGCUUGGUGGUGGGGGCAGGGUGAAAGAGAGAGGGAUUGAGAGGACUUGAUGGGACGAUGGAUACAGGCAACUACAAAGUAAUGUAUCGGUUUAUCAAAACCAAUGAGCAUCUCUCUGGCCAAUUAAAGGUAGCAGAGAAUGAAAUGAUGAAUACUGAAUGACAGAACCUCUAAGGCUUGAAAUGCAGCAACUACAUCGAAGAAAAUUUUCAUUACCAUUGAACUGAUGAGCUACCCAAUAUUUGAACAAUGAAAAUUUCAAGUAAAGUUUCCUCAUACUGAAAAUCCAAGACUUUCUCAAAGUGUCAACUCGGUAAAUGAGUUUUUUGUUUUUUUGUUUGUUUGUGGACAGUUCAACUUCCAGUUUUGUUGAACAAAGUUAGGGAUUAAGAUUGCAAGAUGCUUCUGAUAGCACAUCACCCGGAAGUGAAAUGUCUGGUUUUGAGCAAUUAUAAUGUAGUUAGUUGGCUGUUGUCCCUUUAAGGUAGCCUGGAGGUACCAUUUGUGGCUUUGUCUCUAAUGAGCCCAACAAAAUUUCAGAAACCACUAAGUGAAAGCUUAUGUCAGUGUCUCUCUGCACAUUCUCAUAGGAUGCCCACGACGACUUCCAAGAAAGUGCUUGUGUAAACCAAAAAUUGUUGCACUUCACAUUUGAAAUCAAUGAAAAAUACUGCAUACACAGAUCACACUGAUACCCAAAGCCAAGAACCUCCACUUUGUUUCUAAUUUUAGUUUCUUCCAGCAUCACACUGCUUUUACUAUUGCCCUUUUAAUCUGUCUUGCAUGUUUAAAAGUUAAAACUGAGUUGAUUAUUUCUUAAUGUCAUUUAGUAAACAUAUUGGAGAGACCUCAAUUAUAAGGUCCAAGAAUGGGGAUGUAUGUGGAAUUCCUAUAACGUUUGGUUAAUCAUUUGACAUUUCACUGCUCAAGACUAUGGUUGUACUAAGUGAAAAUCCACAAAAUUUGUAGAAAUAUGCAUCUCUUUGCACUCUGGCCCUUUGUAAACUGUUUUUGUUUCCUCUUGUCACCCUCUAGCCCUGGUCUCCACCCUGCCUAAAAAUAAAAAAGAAAAAGUAAAACAAAAAGAACCAAUCCCCACUCA